AUGAAGGGUUUGGUCUUGAUCGGUGUAGAGAUGACUCUCAAAGUGGACCUCCAAAAAAUCUGUCUCUGUAUAUCCCAAAGCAAUAUUAAGCAGCAAAAACAACAUCAUGAUGCUUCGCUGGGCUAUACAGUUAAUUCUGUAUUGGAAAUGCUGCCUACAGACAGCGCCGACUAUAAUGAAGUUGGUGAAAAAUUGAGAUUCUCACUAGACGACAUCUUGUCUAUUAUUGAGAUAUCGUGCCAACUUGGUCAAGAACUCGAGAUAAUACGCUAUAUAGCAACGAAAAAUACUUUACCGAAAAAAUACUGUCCUUCAUUUUUAUGUGAUCCGGAUUUAUCUACAGCUAUUGAGGAUACAAAGUGGUUAAGGAACUGGAUCACUAUCCUGCGGUUGGAGUCACUUCCUCAUGCCAAUACCAUCACAUAA